AUGAAACAGAGUUUUAUGGAAAGUGGACAAAAUCAACAAACAAAUUCUGCGAGCGGGACACACGAAACUUCUUCUUCUGCGAUUCAAACGACCGGUUCGUUAAAGUCCGGCGUACCUCUGCCGAAACCAAACUUGACGACUGGCGGGAAGAAGGUUGGUUUGAAAUCGAAGAAGAAUGUCGAGCAGCACAAUAAUUUUAACGGAAGCAGCGGCGAUGCAGCUGGGACGGCGGCGAGCAACAAUAACGGAGAGCAUUCGCACGCAAAGAACAAAGGAAAUAAUACUAACAACAACGGACGAAAAAGUAGUAGUAAGAAGAACGGGGAAGCGGCGGCGACGGCGGAGAGAGCCGGGGAUGGAAGCACGAGCGGGGACGUCUUUCACGACGCUUUAGCGCCGGAGGAAGCACAACAGAAAGCAGCCAAACUAAAAAAGAAAAAGCAAGUGAAGAAGAAAAAAGAGCAUUCAUUGGACGAUGGCGUGUCGCGAUUAUCGUUGGAAGACGGUGCGGAGGGAACGAUGAGCAUUCCGUCGCCUUCGAUGAUGCCGGGGGGGAUGCCGCCGCCGCCGCUCGGGAGACCGCCAAAGUCGCCAAUAAAACCAGAACAACCGUCGAGAAAGAGCAGCGCAAAACCUCGCGGAACGCGUAAGAUGGUCGCUUCGCAACCGAUUGCCCCUCCACCGUUGCCAUCGGGUGCACCGCCGCCGCUACCGGGUGACCCGUUGUCCGCUAACGCGGAACAAAGGAAAUCGGGAGGAAAGACGCAAGGCGGAACGUACGUUCCACCUUCGCAACGAGAAGGAAGAAAAUCGUCCCGAACCGCGCAAAAGUCAACAGCAAAAUCACCGUUAGGGAAGAAAGCAAUUACUCACGACGAAGCGAGAGGCGAUCCGGAUUACGAUCGCAACGAUCCGAAUUUGAUUCGAGGCGGCGCCUUGCAUCAUCGCGAGCAGUUUGGACACACGAGUUUGAGCGGACGCUCGAGCCCGAAUCAUCACGCCUCGCUCGCCGAGGAACAAGCGGCGCAAAAGCAAGCGAAGAAAGAUCAGCAAAAGAAAGAGAAACCGGCGCCUCCAAAACUCACGGCUGAGCAACAGAAGCAACAAGCAACCGGGCGAGAGAUUCGCAAAUUUCUCGAUUCCAACGAUAUUAACGGAGCUUUAGAUGUUUUUUACGCCAAGAGAGAUUUCGGUGGAAUCGACGUGGAAGCUUUUAAAAUUUUGGUUGCUGGGUGCGUGAAGAUGGCGGCGAUUCAAGACGGCUUACGGGUCGUUGAGUACGCGAAGAGUAAAGGUUUGAAGAUCUCGCUUCGAAAUUUUACCGGCUUACUCCAGACGAUACCGCAACGUUCAAACCCGAUGGAUACGGCUGAUUUACUCGCCGCGCUUGAGUACGUCAUCGAUUACGAAGACAGACGCGUUCGAAACUAUCACUUUCACUUCGCAAAACUUAUCGUGCAAGAGUUUCUCGAAGAAGCUUUACAAACGCUCGAUCGUGUGGCAAACGCGCCGGCGUUUGGCUUGCAAGAAAACGGACUUGCUGCCAUGGACGUUCGAUUGGAACCACUGCGUAAACCCGGUCAAGUUGGUUUAACAAUUCCCGCGCUCGCAGCCGAGAUGCAAAAGAAUCUCAUGAAAGGUGACGCGGUCUUGCUAUCGAGAACUUCCGCCACAAAGAAUAUCAUGACGCUAGGCGAAUUACCGAAACACUCUAAAGCCGCGCUCGAAGCAGCUGGCGAGAGCACGGUGAAAGCGUUAUCGAUGGAGCAAGGCGAAAGACCGGCGCGACGAAGCUACAACUACAGCGCCGCGGAGGAGUACGAAGCUGAAGUCUGUCAACUUGGGAACAACAUUGCCGUCCGUUUACUCGGCGUCGACCCGAGAGACGCCGCGAGCAUUUCUGGUUCCGGUUGGCGCGUUGAUAAGUUGGCGAACAGAACGAGUUACUUGCGUCAGUUGAACGCGCUGCAAGAUUUGAUGGAGAUGAAGGGGCCAGUCGGCAACAAAGCCGGAGUCGAUCCAGGAAUUCGAGACAUUUUACUCGCUGGAUGGGAUAACAACAAGAAGGCUAUUGAAUCCAUUCCAGAUUUAUGCGCGGCUGAGUUGAACGGGGAAACCAUGCACGCGGCUACAAAGCAACGCAUGCUCGACAUGGCUCAAGAUAUUCCUGCGAUGCAGCACAUGAAUAAGUCGCAACACGAGGCCUUGCGAGCGGCAUUGUUCCAACGCAUCACAUUGAUUCAAGGCCCGCCGGGUACAGGUAAAACGCACACCGCGGUUGCGUUGGUGCAAAUGUGGCUGAAGUGUCGCACGAUGCCGAUUCUGUGUACAUCUGAUUCGAACAUUGCAGUGGAUAACUUAGUUGACGGUUUGUCGCGAGCAGGGGUUCGUGUUGCGCGUAUUGGUCGUCCAGAAGCCGUGCGUCAAGACCUGAUGCCGUUUAUGGUUGAAUCUAUCGCCGGAAUCGAACCAGGCUCGAACAUGUCGAAAGAUCAACAGUAUCAAGCCAUCAACGGAGUUUUACGACGAGCGGAAGUUAUUUGCGCGACGUGCGCGGGUGCCGGGAGCGAUAUCCUCGAACGAUUUUCCUUUGCCGCGUGUCUCAUUGAUGAAGCCACGCAAGCGACGGAGCCGGCAACGGUUGUGCCCAUGACAAAAGGCUGUAAACAAAUCGUCCUCAUCGGUGAUCAAAACCAGUUACCGCCGACGAUUAUUUCCCGCGAUGCGGACGAACGCGGUCUCGGAACGAGUCUUUUUGAAAGAAUGCUUUCGCGCGGUAUUCGAACAUUUAUGCUUAAAGUGCAAUAUCGUAUGCACCCGGCGAUUGCAAAGUUCCCAUCGCAGCAAUUCUACAGCAACGAGUUACUUUCCGGUACGCCUCCUUCGCAAAGGCGAGCGCCGCAAGGGUUCGAUUGGCCAGUACCCGCAGUGCCGUUGGCGUUUGUUGAUUGCCCGGAAGGUGAAGAACGAUCUGAUGGCGCUUCGCAAAUGAACACGAUUGAAGCGCAAAAAGUUGUAACGCUGGUGAAGAAGUUGAUGGCUGAACACGAAGUUUUAGCGUGCGAUAUCGGUAUCGUUUCACCGUACGCCGCGCAAGUGCGAGCGAUCAAAAAGCUUUUGCAACCCAAUGCGGUUAAACGAACGAGAUUUGACGCACCAGCCGCACCAGACUCCGAUGCCGCCAUCGAAGUUUGUUCCAUCGAUGGUUUCCAAGGUCGAGAGAAAGAAGUUAUCGUAUUCUCGUGCACGAGAGCAAACUUGAUGGGUAAUGUCGGUUUCUUAGCCGAUCGCAGACGCGUAAACGUCAUGUUGACCAGAGCGAGAAGAGGUUUGAUUAUCGUCGGGCACUUGAGAACUUUGCGAGGAGAACCAGAAGUUUGGGGACCGUGGUUAACCUGGGCCGGCGAAAAUGGUUUAAUCUGCGGUUUGUCCGCCACGGAUGCCGACGCUGCGAACAGUUUGGCUACGAUUGGUAUGAGUUCCUACGCCGAAAUCGGAGGCAGCGGUGUUGGCGAAACUGUCAACACUAGUGCGAUGCUCGUUCCGUCGGCGUGGGCAGACGAUUCCAAGAAUACUGGCAUGCACCGCAUCGAAUCUGGAUCGAAGCUCGUUCAAAGAGAACACAUCCCGGAAGCGUGGGACGAUAGCGACGACGAGAACGCGGACGUGGACGCCAUCGUACCGAGCGCGAGCGUGAGCUCGUUUGUUACGAGUGCGAUUUCGACGGAUGACCAAGAUCCUGAUUCUGCCUGGGAUGAAGAUGAUGAAGACGACGACGGCGGUGAGGAAACAGCAACAACUACUUCGGUUGUGACUUCUUCGACGGAUGAAGAAGAUGGCAAUGACGAUGAGGCGUAA